AUCCCAGCCGCAGCCAGCUGAGCCAGCGCACUGCAGCCGUGGAAGCGAAGUUAUGGUCCGGCCCAGGGUGCCUGAGCUUGCUUUCGAGCUAUAGAAAUUAAACGAAACCUUUAAUAUGGAAUUUAAGAAUGCUGUAUUCAACGCUGCAAAAGAUGGCAAGCUUAAGCGUCUCAAGGUGUUUUUGGACCAUAGACCAAAGGAGGAAGUCCAAAUGUUGGUUUCUGCCACAACUAAUGGAGCGACACCACUAGUGAUGGCAUCUCGAAAUGGCCAUCUUGAUGUGACCGACUAUCUUCUUGACAGAUGCAACGCUGACAUUGAGCAGGUAGGCUCGGUGAGCUUUGAAGGUGAGACCAUCGAAGGUGCUCCGCCGCUGUGGUGUGCGGCAGCAGCGGGCCACCUCAGUGUAGUGCAGAGGCUGGUUGAACGGGGUGCGCGCGUGAAUGCUACCACACGGACCAAUUCUACGCCACUGCGAGCCGCGUGCUUCGACGGACACCUUGCCAUUGUGCGGUACCUAGUGGAGCGCGGUGCUGACCUAGAAAUUGCCAACCGCCAUGGGCACACCUGUCUCAUGAUUGCCUGCUACAAGGGGCACCUGGACAUCGCCAGCUACCUCGUUGCUCAAGGCGCCCACGUCAACCGCAAGAGCGCCAAAGGAAACACUGCUCUGCACGACUGUGCCGAAUCUGGGAGCCUUGACAUUCUGCGGUUGCUUCUAGAACAUGGAGCCAGGGCUGAGCGAGAUGCAUAUGGCCUCACACCACUUCUGGCUGCAGCAGUUGCAGGCCAUGCCCCAGUGGUGGAGUUUGUUUCCUCGUUGCCCGACUGCCCACGGGAGCAACGUGUGGAGGCUUUGGAGCUACUGGGGGCCACUUUCGUGGACAAGAAGCGCGACUCACCCCGUGCCCUGGCUCUCUGGCGCAGGGCCCUGGAAGAGCGCUGCCUUGACCCUCCACUGCCCAAGCCUUUGAGGCCAUCUACUGCUGCCUAUGGCCAUGCAAUGGAAGCCAGCUCCCCAGCUGACCUGGAUGACCUUCUCUGCGAGCCAGACCAAAUGCGCAUGCAGGCCCUCCUGGUGAGAGAGCGUGUGUUGGGUCCUGCGCACCCAGACACGGCGUACUACAUUCGUUACCGUGGCGCUGUGUAUGCGGAUCUUGGGGACUUCAACCGCUGUGUGGCCCUCUGGCUCUAUGCACUGGACAUGCAGCAGCGCUGCCUUGAACCGUUCAACCCCAUGACUCAAAGUAGCCUGCUGUCCUUUGCAGAGCUUUUCUGUUUCAUGAUGGCUGAGGCCAGGCCUGCAAGGCCAUCGCGACGCCAGCUGGCCCCUGUUGAGUUUGGAGAUGUUCUUGCUGUCUUCGAGCGUGCUGUGACGGAGCUUGUGUCUGCUGGACGCCACAUGCCAGAACCAGCUGAGGGUGUCCAGCGCACGUUGGUUAUUGCACUGCAGCUAGCAGCUCUCCUGUGUCGGCUGCAGUCGCAGAGCAGCGUGGAGGAAGAGGCCUUCCGACGUGCUGCGUACCGGCUAGUGCACUUAGAUCUGCGAGGCCCACGCGGAGAGACAUGUCUGCACUUAGCAUGUGGUCGUGCGCCGCCAGCCAGCCGCCAGGCUUUGGGUGCCGUCUGCCAGGAGGCUUUCCCUGCUCCACCUCUUGUGCGUCUACUACUCGAACUUGGAGCCGACCCCAAUGCCACCGACCACGACCGGCGUACACCCUUGCAUGUAGCGGCGCGCAGCAAACCAUGCUCACGAGCUGCAGCCCUUGCGCUCCUGGCCCGCGGCGCACACCUAGACCACACCGAUGCCACCGGUCGCACACCCUUGGACUAUGCGCCCAUGCUGGUGGAUUGUAGCCCUCUUCGUUACACUGGCCUGCAGUGUCUGUGUGCACGUGCCAUUGUGCGCUUUCAGCUGCCCUUCCAAGGACUGGUGCCACACCAGCUGGAGAGCUUCAUCCAAAGCCAUUGAACAAUGUGGCAGGGCACGUGUGUUGCCAUUACCCUCCUUCCCCUUCCUUACCGCCUCUCCUCGUCCGUUCUGUACGAGUCACUUUCUUUUCCCCAACCAGUCCUAGGUUCAUAGAAUUGCAUGGGAGACUGCCAGGGUCUUUGUGUGGCUAUUUUACUGUGGAGGCAGAAGUCAGGCUCCUUAUUGUGGUGAAAAAGAUGUUUUGAAAGCAGUUACUGGGUGUGCUGCACGAUAAUUUUUUUUGUGUGUGUGCUUAGUGAGUUGCCUUCUUGGGCUUGUAAUACAUAACUUUGCAAAACUUCUCCGAGGGGCUCUCAGUUGUUCUCAUUCCACUGCUUGUUAUAAAGCCCAUAGCCAAUGGAAUUUCUGAGAGCUCUGUGUGCCAUGGUGAAGAGGUGAGAAGCUGCCCAGCUAGCCUGGCAGACGUGGCCAAGGAGAAGGGCAUAUCACAAACUCCUGACAUUGUGAUAACCAGGAUCUCUUUAAAUGUAAAAUAAUUAAAAAAGACAAAGAAAGAAGCCUCAUGACAAUCCGGUGAUGCAAAAUGGCUAUUCAUCUGAAUGCGACAGUUUUUCUGACAGAAAGAUGCCAACUAAUUGUUGAAAUCUCCGGUUUCUCCAGAAGCACACCAAUUGCCACUGCCAGUGAUAUUUAACUGAUGAACUGGCAGGAAGCUUAGAUGUAGUCAUGAAUGAGAACGACUUGCAAAUGUCAUAGGAGAGAAAAACUUUUAAGAAAAUAUUAAACUGAUGGUAAUGUGCAUUGCUGAAGCUUCUCGUUCUUUCUGGUUCCGUGUGCUCAUUAUAGCCAUGUUCUUUUGUUAUAGAUCACAUGGUUAUUCGCAUGCAACAAUAGCAUUUAUGAAGAUUGCUUGCAAGCAAAAGUUUAUGCAACAUAUGUCAGCACUAGGUGUAAAAUGCCAUAUUUGCACGAGUAUGUGGGAGGACCUUUGGGAGGACUAAACAAAAUUUAUGCUAUUAUGACAUACAAUGAGAACUAACAAUACAUAAUAUAACUGCAUAUAUGAGUUUAGAACGUUCAAGGACAGCAGGGCAUGCAGUUUGCUGUAGCAAUACACCUGUGAAUGAUCUGCUGCUUGCACACAUUGCAGUAACGGAUUGCAUUUUUCUCAGUGCUGAAACACGCUAACACGGAAAUGAUGCACCAAUCCAAGGGGCCAGAUUCACCAUUGCAGUUGCACAGUGGCUCCGUUGCAGUCUCUUGUCACUGCAGACAGCUGCGCACUUCCUGUGCACCUGCAAUUUUUCGUAGGACAAGAGAAGUUGGCUUUUCUGCAAAGCUUUUCUCACCUGGUGGUUGGGUUUGCAGAAUUUUUUAAAAAUGGGGGGGCAAGUCUCUCUACAUUCGUGCAGAUAUGGCAGUUUGGUUUGAAGUGAAAUUUACACCAAAGCCGCUGCUUAUCAGACACUGUUGUUGUCAAAGAUAGUGUUGCUUAUGCUUCGUCACAGUAUCAAUCAGGGUAUGCAUUAUGUCACAUCUUAUUUUCUUGUACACUGCAUUUAUUUGGCUUUUAAGAAAAAAAAAUACCUCAGUGUUGUAUUCGAAAAUCUCAAUAAGUGGGUCCAGCUUGCUCUUUUUGACAGUGAGCUUUUGAGAAGAUGUAAAAUUACUGUUGUGCCACCUAGUGCAUGUUGGAGCAUCAGAGUUGUGCGGUUAGCUCGUCUUGUGUGCUUCAUUUUUGUUUUAUAGUUUAAAUAUUGCCAAGGUCAAGUGCUUCUUGCAAUGAAGUUUGGUAAAAUGGUUUGGAAUCAAAGUGCCAACAUGUUUUGUUAUAUUUAAUGCAAUUGCCAUUGAGCUUAACAAUCAUACUAAAGACACGUGUUCCAUAUCUUGGAAGUGUAGAUGCAGACAUCUGGGAUGGCAAGCAGCUGCCUCAGCCAAGUGUACCUGAAAACAUUGUAAGAGCCUUUUGCAGCUAAUUUCUGAAGGUUGAGCAAUAAGACAUUACCCACUUAUUUUGCUUUAAGAAAGUAGACUAUGUGACAAGCGAGCUGACAUAGCUUUUUCAAGGUUGUAGGGGUAUGUACGUUCAUUCAUGGAAGUGGAUUGCAUUCACAGAUGAUUACAUUGAAGGGUAGUAAUACUUAAUAGAAAAUAUGUUGGCACUUUCUGAUCCUGAACCCAUUUACCAAACCUGUCAGACGCUGUAGUGAGGUCAUAUAGCUGUUGCAAAAUUAUAAUAAACAGUUUCACGAACUGUUAAGGUGAUGGUUGAUACAAGAAACCUUUCCAGUGAUUUACUUUUCAGUUAAUCUUGUGAUUGAAAAAGCACUGUGUGGUUCAACAAUGCACAUAAACGUACUAAGGAGUCGGGAGAUUUGUUUGUAAUAUACUUGCAUAAAGAUUUGUUUGAGCUGUGUUUGAGAAUUUAUGGUAUUCCUACCAUUGUAUCAGAGGCAACAGUUGUGCCCUUGCCACCAUUGCGCAUCUUUCUAUUGGACUGCUGAUGCUCAGAACGACUUCAUUUUGGUUAAAGUACUGAAUGGGCUACUGUCAACCGCUAAGGAAAUACCGAGAGUUGGCUGCAGGGGAAAAUAGGCUGUGAUAUGAGCAGGGAAGUGGCGUUAGAAGCUUCUUGCAGUUGCUCGUAAUCUCAUUUUCUAUGUAAUCUAAACUGCAGAGACAAAAGAGUCUGCUGUUUUGCAGGAUGUUUUGGCAGCUGUUGCGAUGCCGAUGAGGUGUAAACUGCGCCUGUGAAAAGAAAACGUGAUGCAUGGUUUUAAUUGUCUUCAUUAAAUUGUGGUACAUGCAUCAAAGUAACUGGUCAUCAAUAUUGGUCUUCACAUCAUAUACAGUAGGGGUGUCCAAAUAUUCGAAACUUUCGAAUAAUGUGCUAUUCGACCAAAUAGUCAUAAUUCGAUUAGGUCCUUGAAUCGAAUAGUCACUAUUUGAAAAUACUAAUAUUUUUCUAAUACUUUACGUCACUGACUGUACAUGAUCAAACAUGAAAUUUAAGCAAAAGCGCGUUAUUUUUCGCUCAUUCACAGUGGACAUAACGUACUAGAGCACUCGGCUUCGCUCAAUGAGCAAGACCUACCUGGCUAAGUACAAUUAAUCGCCAUAAAAUGUUGUUUAGACCCGGCAUUUGGCAGUGACAAUUAUUUGGUCCUUUUAUAUGUACAGCACCUGUGUCCUCUUAUCAGAUUAAAUCGGAAUAUGUUUCAUUGCAACGUACUUUAUUCAAUAGUGGCAUUAUCUGCCGCUGCAUUUUGAACUAAGGAAAAGGUGCCUUUUAUCACGCUGCUGUUGCUGCAGGCAUGCAAUGUCUGGUCGUGACAGUAUACACAGAUAUUAAUUGGUCCGCAAGGUUACCUUUAUAAACUUUAGAUGAUUUAAUGCAUGACCACAUAUUCUCUGAAGAACCCCGAGUUUGCAAAUAAUGUGUUUAAUUGUUCCAAAUUCUCCCUUUGUGCUUUUAAUAAAGCAUGCUUUAUAAUGUGCAGUGUAAUGACAAACUUUCUAUUGUGAAAACCAGGAUGUUAAAAUUGUUUUCUAUUAUUGGUUUGGGGGGAGGGCUGUACAUUAUUUUCGAACUAUUUGAAAAAUACUCAGUUCGCUAUUGGCAUUAUUCAAUUUAAUCUCAAAAACUGCUAUUCGUACACCCCUAAUAUACAGUAAUAAACUGUGAUGUGGCACCACUGUAGCCACUGUUACUAGCUGCAAAUUUCUUGCACAUACUUCAACCUGUACGUUAGGCUAGCAUGAAUUUGUAUGUUUUAAAUACUGGAGGGGGAAACUUGUUUGAAACAGAUGCUUUUUCCAUAACCAUGCAUGAAAGCUAGGAAUGUAGUUGUCUGAAGGCAUCGCCAAUGAAAGAAACAAACCAUCAAAUACAUGAGUGCCCACACUCUACUCUAAGACCUGGAAUGAGUUGAUAUAUAAACUGGGUGCUAAGUCUGUUCAUCAGUCAGACAAGCCACAUUAACAAACAUUGCUCAUUUCUGAAAGGCUUAACAAAAAGAACUGCAGCUUGAAUGAGUAGGACCUGUUUUAAACCGUUGCUGUAGACAACUGCCCAAUCUGAUUGGACGACUGCAUCUUUAUGCUGAUGUAAGCAAGUGCAAUGUUUUUUUUUUUUUUUUUUUGCUUGGAUGUAACAUACUUCAAAACGCUCUACUAAAAGUAUGCAGUGUGCAUGUUAGCGGACAUCCACAUGCUAACCUAGGCAAAUAAAGCAUAAACUUAAUUUAGUGAAUUAUAUGUCCAGCUGUUUAUGAUCACCAAAGCUUCCCACACAGCUGCCUCACUUCAUCACACUGCUGAGAGUAUUUACCAUGAAAUUUGACUGUAAACUGCUGUUUCUCAGAUGGUUUUCUUAAGACAUAUGCUUAGUUCAUUUCCUGGUCUGUACAUAUACACAUCAUCUGACUGGCAUGCGCAGAGAACUCCCACCAGUGUUGGGAAACCAGAAUGCACAGCGUGGAGGCGAUGAUCAUAAUUUAUUUCCUCUUCUCUACAAACUGCACCCUGCUAGUGCCACUGCUUGCUUCAAUAUUAGGCCAUUAAAGGUGCGGACAUUGUCACGUCUUUUGCUGUACCUGUUGCAAGCUGCGACACGUCUGCGUGGUGGCACAGGUCAUGUGCACACAGUGGCAAAGGCUCAAGACCUCGGCCACCAUGCCCAAAUGUUUCUUGGCAUGCUACUACAAGCUCUCACUGUAACAAAGAAUUUUAAAGUGCAGUUAUGUCUUGUGCUUGCUUGUCUGUCUCACUUGUUUCUUGGAGAGGAUUGAAAUACUUGCAGACUGUUUACUUAGCACAUUAGGGAGGCAGCUUUCGUUCUGCAAAUCUCCGAAAAGUUUAUACUGCAGGCUUUUAAGUUCAGCUUUAAAACGACAGCAGAGGAAGAGAAAAAGAGUGCAAAUUCAGUUUCAUGCCAGGUUCUGAUGCAAGAUGCUGUAAAGGAUAUGUUACACUGGACGCACUGGAGCAGUAUGUUGGAUUGGACAUGGAAGUGAUUAUGUUUACAUUAUUUUGAUUGUACAUACGCUUUAGACACAUUUUAGACUUGCUCUUUCACGACUGUAAUUUUGAUUUUUUUCUU